UCUUCUAAAUUUCGGCAAAAACUUUGACAAAAACGUCUCACGACUCAUUUUAAGUACACCACACCACCAUUACACCAAUCAAACCAAAUCUUUGCAACUCCUCCCUCUCUCGAUGGCGAUGGUAACGUCGAAAAUCCUGCUCUUGACGGCGGCGCUACUGUCCCUUGCCGCCGUAACAGCACCCCUAACCACCUGCCCCGACUGCGGUUCCACAACCGUACCGUACCCUCUGAGCACCUCCCCAACCUGCGGGGACCAGUCCUACAAGAUCCGCUGCAACGGCAGCAAACUCCUCUUCGACACCCUCAACAACUCCUACCCGAUCACCUCUAUCUCCGGCCCCACCCAGCGCCUCGUGAUUUCGCCCUCGCCGCUCCUCCAAAACGCCUGCGUCGCAGAGGAUAUCCGCCACCAGGGCAUCCAGCUUAACAGCUCCCUCCCCUUCAACGUCACCAGCAGUAACACCAUCUUUUACCUCAACUGCUCCGACUCCCUCCUCCGCUCCCCGCUUAACUGCUCCUCCGCCAGCCUCUGCCACUCCUACAUCAACGAAACCGGCGGCGCGUGCGAGGACGCACAGCUCUGCUGCACGUUCAGAGCCGGCGGGUCGUCGACGUCGUACAUGAUUCGGGUUAGGGAGUCUGGCUGCAGCGCCUACACCAGCUUCGUGAAUCUGGACCCGGCCCGGCCCGUGGGUCAGUGGACCGAUCCAGGGGUGGAGAUCCAGUGGGUGUCGCCGAGGGAAUCCGUCUGUGCGGCCCAGUCAGACUGUGAUGCCCGGUCCACUUGCAGAACCGAUACGGCGAAUGGUGGUGGGGAACGGAGAUGCUUCUGUAACGAGGGGCUCGUGUGGGACCCAAUCAACGGAUUUUGUGCGGAAAAUGAUACGUGUCAAGAUCCUGACGGCUGUGACGAUUCAAAGCGGACUGCACUUAUAGCAGGCUUAACCUCCGGCAUAGGCGGAAUCCUUAUCGCCACAGUCAUCGCCGCUCUCCUCUACAGGCGUCACCGGCGCAUCAAGGAAGCACAAGAGCGUCUUACCAGAGAGCGGGAGGAGAUACUCAACGCCAAUGGCACCGGAAGAGCCGCAAAGGUCUUCACCGGCAAGGAGAUCAAGAAAGCAACCGACAACUUCGCCAAAGACCGCCUCCUCGGCUCCGGUGGCUACGGAGAAGUCUACAAAGGGUUCCUCCAAGACGGCACCACCGUGGCCAUCAAGUGCGCCAAGCUCGGCAACACCAAGGGAACCGACCAGAUCCUCAACGAGGUCCGCAUUCUCUGCCAGGUCAACCACCGCAGCCUCGUCGGCCUCCUUGGCUGCUGCGUCGAGCUGGAGCAGCCGAUCAUGGUCUACGAAUUCAUCGAAAACGGGACGCUCUUCGACCAUCUCCGACAACGAAAUGAUCAUCAUCUCUUAUGGGAAGACCGUCUCCGAAUCGCUCACGACACCGCGGAGGGACUCGCUUACCUCCACUUCUCCGCCGUCCCGUCAAUCUACCACCGCGACGUCAAGUCCAGCAACAUUCUCCUCGACGAGAAGAUGAACGCCAAAGUCUCCGAUUUCGGUCUCUCCAGGCUGGCUCACGCGGAUUUGAGCCAUGUCUCGACUUGUGCUCAGGGCACUCUCGGAUAUCUCGAUCCCGAGUAUUACCGGAACUACCAGUUGACCGAUAAGAGCGAUGUUUAUAGCUUCGGAGUCGUGUUGUUGGAGCUCUUGACGUCUCAGAAAGCCAUAGAUUUCAGUAGAGAAUCGGAUGAUGUGAAUUUGGCGGUUUAUGUGCAGAGAAUGGUGGCAGAGGAGAUGUUGAUGGAGGCCGUGGAUCCGAAUUUGAAAGAAGGAGCGAGUGAUUUGGAGAGAGAUACGAUGAAGGCAAUUGGGUUUUUGGCUGUGGGGUGCUUGGAGGAGAGAAGGCAGAAUAGGCCUUCAAUGAAGGAAGUUGCUGAGGAGAUUCAGUAUAUUAUGAGUAUUGCCAAGGCCAAUAAGGUUGUGGAGAACUAAACUAGCUUUAAGUUUAAUUUAUGUUUGUUUGUAAUUGUGUGUGACAAGAGUGAUUUUUGUUGUUAGGGUGUUUAGUUUGAGGGUAGAUUUUAUGUAUAUGAAGUAGUAAUGUUUUGUCUGUGAAUAUAUGGAGGAUGAAAAGUUAGUGCUUAGAGUUGAGAUUUGAUGUUAAUUUGUUUUAAUUAAGUGGAAUGAGAAGAUGGUAUUAGACGGUAGAUUUGAUUGGUGGGGUUAAAUACUCUUUCAGCUCUUGAUUUGUACAAAC